AGAUUCUGGGGUAUCUAUAUUCAUUUAUCAUUUAAAAAAUCUAUUCAUGCAUCUCCCCAUAGCAGAGUCAUCAUUAAAUGAUGCAAAAAAUGGGAACAAAGCUGCAAUUAUUUAAUAGGCAAGUAAAGUGUUUGAUUUGUUGGGAAUUGUCCAGAGUAGCUUCAGAUACUUUGGAUGGUAAAAUCCAUUUACAUUUCUUUAAAGGAAAAAAAAGUGAGGAUUCCUUGCAGUUAUUCUUGCUACAGAUAUUUAUCCAGAAUGGGGGAGGAGAGAGGAAUUAAAAUUAAUGCAAAGGAAAAUGGAUGCUCUUACUGUAGCCUGAAUGGAGCACACUGCAGAAGAGCAGAACAAUUAUACAGAGGUAAUGAGAUGGAAAAAAACUGUGGCAACACCUAUACUUUACCAGGCUGAAAAGGUAUUGAAAGCGUACAUUGAAAUUGAAUAUUUAUAUGCAGAAAGCUACUUGUUACCCACGUGGAGUCCAAUCCGGCAAACACUUAUUAUUCUCAUAAGUAGUCUGCUUUGGACCUGUGCUCUGUACAGCAUUUAGUUACAGGCUUAACAAAAGUGAUAGUACUUUAGCAUUUGUCACCUUAUUGAAAAUGUGAUGCAUGAAAAUUAGUCAUUACCAGGUCUGAGUGACACUUCAACCUCCAGACAUGUUUAGGUCCCAGCCCUGAACCUUGUAAUGUACAGAGCCACACUGAAGUCAAAGAGGCUCUGAUUGGUUACUGGGCUCCAACUACAUGGAAGGAGUUAUAGGAUUGGGGCCUUAGCUACUAAUUCCUUUUAUGAAAAGUGUAAAAAAAUUGUUGGAUUGUACAUCAACUGCUGUGCAGCACAGUAUAUGUAUAAGAGAAGUAAGUAUAGCAGAGUUGAAGUAGUAUAACAAGGGUUUCUGCAAGUAUGUUUACUGUACCUAUAAAUGUGAUGGGCCUAAUUUUGACUCCCUUCCUGAUGUGGAGAAGUAUCUUAUUCUACAAAUAACCUGAUUUAUUUCAAUUGAGAGUAAGGUACUAUUCAUUGUAAUGAGGAAAGAAAAUGAAUAAUUUGUUCUGAACCCAGUUCAUCCCACUUGCUGCAUCCUUCCUCAAAUGGUUCAGAAUAUGGUAAGUUUCCCUUCAUGGAGAAAACAACAGUGGGGAAAAAAGAAGACUCAAUAAUUGUACAUGCCCGUCCUAUAAAACAAAACAGGCUCAAAAUUCAAAAUAAAAUGCUGGAGGAAAUGCCAUGACAUUCUCCUCCACUUCUGGGAUUGUCCAAAAUCAAGAGACCUCCGGCUAAAACUGGAAAAUUAAUGCAAGAGUUAUUUCAGAGGUAUAUACUCCCAACACUGAGUGUUAUGGGGUUAGGUAAAUGAUUAGGUUAGGAUGUACAAAAAAUUGAGCACACACAGAUAUCUGUUUGGAAUCCUUGUGACUGUAGCCAAUAAAGGUAUUCAGUAAUUAUGGCUCCUUUCCUGCCAUUGGAUUCAUGUGAGCGGACCUGUGCUGAGCCCCAUUAACUUCAAAGGAGCUCUGUACAGACAUAAGGCUGCACCUGCACUGACCUACUUGCAGGAUCAAGGCCUGAUGUUGCAAAGAAUACCCAAAGGCAACAUCAAUAUGUAGUUCACAAGAAAAAUUCAAUUAUGUGCAUGUAACCUUGAUGUUUUUAGGUGCAACCAGAGGAAUUUUCUUGAUGCUAUCUUUGCUAAAAAAAAUCAUCCUCUUAUAAAAUACAUAUUAAUAGCAAAUGAUUGCUUUUCUACUGACAUCCUUCAAAUCUGCACAUACAGUCCACUGAUUAUAAACUGGUGUACUGUAACAUCUUUAAGCUUUUUAACAGGACUGUCGCACACACACACAAAGGAGGAAAUCAUGGAGCAGAGCAGAUGUUCAAAAAGCGGGGGUUACUGUUUGCAGGGCAGGUAUGUGAAGAACUGCACUGACUCCAGCUGCUCCCUGUUACAAUGUGAGCAUGUAUAAUGUCAGACCUUCUACAAGAUCAAGCAUAAGCAGAAAAGUCCAUACAAACUGAAUUCUUAGUCUUGUGGAAUUUUGAGAUGGAAAAGACCAAUUAACUAUUCAGUCCAUCUGAUGAUACUGAAUAGUGCAGGAUGCAUCCUUCUUGAGUCAUUGCCAAUUGUUAUUGGAUCUAAACAAAUAAAAUAAAAUGCUUUUUAAGAAAUGAAGGGGGUGGGAAAUAGAAUUAACUUUCCAUAUUUGGUUGCUAUGCAGCAGAAAUAAUUUAAAUACUUAAACUGUAGCUAAUAAAGGAAAUAUAUGUGUGGCCACCAAUUCAUUCAAAAGUAUCAGGAGACUAAACCAAUCCCUUUCUUCUGUGUUAAGUGUAAUAAUGAACCUGAACCAGAUGAGAGACUCCUCUGCUCUCAAAUGACUGAAAUAUUUGCUUUUUCCAGAGAAAGAACUGGCGUGAUUCUGCUAGGAUCACCAUUAUUCUGUAUUUAUUCACACAUUAAAACUGUCUGCAAUAGUUUGGUUUAACAGGACAAGCAAGGCUGACUCAGGAUCACGUGGUCCAGCUUUUUGAAUGAUUAAAGGCAUUGUGUAUCUGGGGUUCAGAAGAAUAGAAAUUCAUGAAAGAGACAUUAAGAAUUUCAACAGUCUCCCAGGGACUCAUCUUGAGAGAAAAGAAGAAGAAGAAAAAACCCCCAACCCUACAACAUGUAAGUCAGAAAAUGGCUCAGUCAAGCAGGAUCAUGGGAGCAGCUUAAAAGAAACUAGUUCCUUCUCCUGGCAGUGUUGCCACUUCUCAAGAGAUUCUCUCUCAAAAUGUUGGCUAGUCCCCAGUGCUUCGGGCUGGAGAACAGGCACUUACUAAGCCGAUCACAUUGAGGAGAUGUUUCUGUUGGUGGCAGUAGCAGAAGUGCUGUUUGUUCUGGGUUUGGCAUGGAAGUCAGAUUCUCUUUGCUCACCCACUACUUUUUACAAAAACUGCUGGAUCCGACGCUUCCCGGGUCUUCUGAUUGAUCUGGAGGAAUCUCAGAAGAGGGGAGCCCAGGUGCUGAAGAUUUAUGCAGAAGUCACAGCCCAGCAGUGCAGCCGGACGUGCUGCCUUCUGAAGAAUGUUUCCUGUAACCUGGCAAUUUUCUACUUUGAAACUAUCCAUGAGAACAUUAAUUGCCGGCACAUUUAUUGUCCAGCCUUGGAAAGCUGCAUAUUGAGGGCUGGCACCAAUGUCAUUUUGUACAACAUCACAACAGGGAUUGAUCCGGAUCUUCUUGUUUUUGAAAAAUUGUCUUAUAAGGAUCCAAAUACCCGUUCCUCUUUCAAAUGGGAAAGGCAAAACUCCUCCAGGACUGCUGAUUCAGAAAAAUGCCAACACAAUAAUGUCACAUUGAGGUCUCCUCUACUCCAGUCUCCAUCUUCUACCACUAGCCAGGGCUUUGUAGCAAAUGAUAGUCACAGCCACAAUUCAAGUGGCUUGGUCCCAAAAACAAAACCAACCACACGUUCCUGGGCAAAGUCUCUACCAUUGGAUGACCAUUUUGCUCAGGAGAUGGAUUUGACUUCAGAAAGUACAGGUUUGACAUCUAAUUCAGACAAAAAGAUGUCUGUAUCCACUAAGAUGAUAUCCCAUUUGCCCAGUCCUGCUCGCUUAAACAUCAGUCAGCAGCACUUCAAUGAAACCAAAGGGUACAGUGGCAGGAACUACACUUCGGAUAACGAGGGUCAACAACCUGCUUGGGUGGCAGUGGAUAUAGGUGCCUGGUUUGUCCCUGUGGUGCUUUGCUCUUCUUUCAUCUUCCUUUGCUGUUGUACUGUUCUUCUGGCAGCUGGGCGCCGCAGAAAGAGGAGAGGUCACUAUAAGCCAGUGCGGAGAGGAGAAGCAGGGUCCAGGCAGUGCAUAAAAUAUACUCUUGUAAAGGAUAGUUUGUAAUAGCAGAUAUGAAAAGGUAAUAAGGAGCUAAAUAACCUGCAUCACUCAUGCUGGUGGAGAAAGAGGUACCGUAUUUAGUGAAGUACCUCUCUUAGCUUAUUUCUUGGGGGUUCCCUUUGGAGAUUUUGAACUAUUUUUUGGCAGAUGUCUGAGCAGCUUUUGAGAACACUGUUGACUAAACAUCCUGUUAUAAUUCUCUUUUUACUACCCACUGAUCCAAAGAGAUAUAGGGCCAAAUUCUAGUCACUUAUACAUGACCACAAUUUCCACUGAACUCAGAGGUAUUUGUGCAUACCUUGGGUUAUAAUUUGAUCCAGAGUAAUUUAUUUAUUGUUAGAAUCCUUUCCUAACUUCUCUGUAGAGACUAUGGGCUUGAUUCUUCACUUCCUCUGUGUAUAUUCUUUGCCCUGCCUUACUUUAUAUAACAUGUGUAAAGCAAAUGUAAAAUGCAACCAUGUCAGAAAAGCAGCAUUUUACACUUACUUUUCCUAAGUCUUUAUGGAAACAAAAGGUGCAAGGUCAUAGAGAAUCAGACCUCCUGCUUGAUCAUUAAUAUCCUGAACAACAGCCAUAAGUUUAAAACAGUGGACAUUAGAGUUUGAAAACACACAGCUAUCUAUUUAACCAUCCAGGACAGGAUUGUUGCUACUGUAAUUCCUUCAGUUCUUUGUUUUAAAAUUAUUCUGCUGAUGGGACUUCCACAAUCUUUUAGGCCUUAUUAUUAGGAAAGAUACUUUAAUAUUUAGCCUAUAUUUUCCUUUGCCUGUUGCAGCAUUCUCAAUUGCCAAUGCCCUUUUAGGCAUCUCUAGCACCAUGCUCUCUGGUUCCCUUCCUAUCCUAGAUGCAACGCUGUCUUUCACCUCCACCCAAGCCAAUAGCCUUCCAACCUGGUAAAGCUCUCCAUAUCCUACAAAUGUCAAACACCCCAAAGUCCCCACUCCUCCACAAGAAAAUUGACUGAGUCUCUUGACAGUAUAGCAAAACACUCAUUUAACUCUUAAUUGAGUCUGGGCUACUGUUUCCAUUAAGAGGGCCUCUACUUCUGUUCUCAGAAUAAAUCCCAGAGAUUGGAUCUUUUGCCUUUUCCCUGGCAAAAUGAGGAUGAGGUAUUUUAGCCAGACAUUUGUCAUUCUCCAUGAAACACUGCCUUCUUGCACCACCUCAGACACACGUUUCUUGUCCUUAUCUGUGUGACCGGGGUCCCAGUGGGGGCCAGCUGUCAUCACUCAACUAGGGUGAACUGCAAAGAAUGGGGCAGACAAUCCCCAAAAAGCUGGUGGACAUUCCAAUACUUAGAUUUACCAAGCCAACAUAAAAUAGCUUCUUUAUUACCUCACUGGUUACUCAGAAGUCCAAACAACACUGUUCCCAUAAAAUGAUCCAGCCUCAGGGCUCCAUCCAGGUACCUAAGUCAAAUAUGAUGAUUUCUGAAAAUCUUAUUUCAUCAUAUAAAAGAAAAGGUUCUACCAAUCCCAAAGGAUCAGACACAUUAUCUCCCAGGUUAAUGAAUGUUUCAGAUCUUACCCAAAUGCAUGCUAUAGCCAAUUCUUGUUCUUCUUAACUAAACUAAAAUUUAUUAAAAAACAGAGUAUGAUUAAAAGAUCAAUAUACAUACAGACAGAGUUCAAUUAAUUGAGGUUCAGAUUCAUAGCAGAGAUGGUGAGCUUUGUAGUUGCAAAGAGUUUUUUCAGAUAUAGGUUAUAGUCCAAUGCCCAAAUAUCAUAUUCAGGGCAUACCAGCAUAACUGGGACCUCAGUUUUGCAAUUCAAACUUCCCCCGAUGAAGCUUAAGCAGACCUAAGAUGACUGAAUCAGGACCCAAGGAUCUUUUAUACAAUUUCAUGUCCUCUUUGACAAGUUGGGAGUUUCUCCAGGAACAAAAGGUAAUUAGGAUGACUUGGAGGGAGGUCCAUCACUGGUACUUAGCUAUAGAAUUAACAUAAGGCAAUUUGCUUGUUCUUCCGCCAUUCACAGGUUAUUUGCUAUACAUUUCAAAGAGAUGAAAACUGAGAUAUCCCAUGUUUACAAUUCAUUUAAAUGCUAGGAUGUUCUUUUGAUCUCUGAAUUACAAGAAUACAACAUAGACAGGGACUGUUGAUUAUAUUGUCAACACUAUUCAUACAUACGUAAAGACACAAACAUCUCCCCACGUCUUUUGAGGGUUAUUUAUUUAACCCUUUCUAGCCAUGCAUCACAACCUGCAAAGCCUUUCACAAUUUAGCCCCUCCCCAAGCUAUUACCCUCUGCGUCAUUCUACCAGUGAGGCCAGCCUCAAUUCUCUCCCCACUUUUUUUCAUAAGCACCCUUGUGCUUUCUCCCAGGCUGCCUCCUUCAAGUCUUUCCCCUCCUUCAAGUCUUUCCUCAAACUCUCAUGUUCUGUAUGAAUGCUGAGAAAUACAAUCUUAUAAUGGCUAGGUAGGUGGCAAAUUGUGAUUAUUGCUCAUGAUUGGGUAAGAUUAUUUGUGUUACUCCAUGUCAUCUACACUUUUUAUGUCAGAUCUUUUGGACUGUGAGCUCUUUGAGGAAGGGACAGUUAAUAUAUGUUUGGAUAGCAUAUACCACAAUGGGGCCCUGAAAUUGUAGGCCUUUAGAAAUUUCCAUGAUAUAAAUAAUAAAUAAAAAAAAUACUUCCUGUUCUGCACUGUAUACUAUAUUCCUGUGAUUUUCAACCUCUUUUCAUUUGCGGACUCCUAAAAUAUUUCAAAUGGAGGUGCAGACCUCUUUGGAAUCUUAGACGUAGUUUGCAGAUCCCCAGAGGUCCACAGACCACAGGUUUAAAACCACUGCUCUAUUCUUUAGAAUGGCCCUUCAAUGCCCAAUGUAUUUUUCAAACCAAGUUUCUAGAUCAGCAGGGUAGUAAGCUGUCACCUUACCUUACACAAGAAGUUUGGUUAAUGAACUUAGGUAAAGCAAGUGCAUUUUCAACAGUAACCUGGACUGUUCAUCUUUUAAACUUGUUGAUGUUUCAGAGUUCAUCAGUUUCUUUACUUUCUGUCAGAAAUAACUUGACCUGUUCUCUUGAACAAAGAGGUGUAAAAAGACACAUUGGUUCAAUUUGUGUUAUUGUAUUAAAAUUAUGUUCUUAAAGUAAAGUUUCUGUUCACUGUACUUGUGUAAAACUAUCUUAAAAUUGAUAAGAUACACUGACUAAAGUUUAAUUAAUGAGCUGAU